AUCAGAUCAUCAUUCAGAAAACAUAGAGAUUUGGAAAUUCAUCCAAAAUAGUGCAGCAUCAUUUUCACUUUUCUUUUUCUUCUUCUUGUACUACUACUACUACUAUAUCUACUCCAGUUCCACUCAGAGAAAGAAAAGAAAGAAGAGAUAAUACAGAAACAGGAAAUUUCAAAAGCCAAAAUAAAGCCAUAACUAAUUAAGGUAAUUGAAAAUGCAAGGAGCAAUGCAAGCAAUCAGAUCCAACGGCAGCGUAUUCAAGUCUGCGAUUUUGCAACACAUCCGUAUAGUGGAUCCUGCUCUAAGACCUGCUUUCUCCACGCGCUUCCAGUCAACAGCUCCUCGUUUGGAAGAGCAUGGUUUUGAAAGCACCACAAUUUCUGAUGUUCUUAAAGCCAAGGGUAAAAGUGCUGAUGGUUCAUGGCUUUGGUGCACCAUAGAUGACUCCGUUUAUGAUGCUGUCAAAUCGAUGACACAACACAAUGUUGGAGCCUUGGUGGUCGUUAAACCAGGAGAACAGAAGUCCCUUGCUGGAAUUAUUACUGAGAGAGAUUAUCUCAGGAAGAUAAUUGUUCAGGGAAGGUCUUCCAAGUCUACAAAGGUCGGAGACAUUAUGACUGAGGAGAACAAGCUUAUAACUGUGACCCCUGAUACGAAAGUGCUGCGAGCUAUGCAACUAAUGACAGAAAACCGCAUCAGGCACAUUCCAGUGAUCAGUGGCAAGGAUAUGAUAGGGAUGGUAUCCAUCGGAGAUGUUGUUCGAGCAGUUGUAAGCGAGCACCGCGAGGAGCUGGACCGCCUGAAUGCCUUCAUACAAGGAGGAUAUUAAACGAUGAAGAUGAUGAUGCCAGAGACAAAGAUGAUGACGACAAUAACAAUAAGAAAUAGAAGUGGGUACCUUUGCUUUAUUAGCAGAUGUUUGUAAAUAUUUGAGUUUGUUUAUGCAACUAUUUACCCUUUAUUUGAGAGAGUUUAUCAACACUAUUAAGUGGUUUUGAGUUGUUGGACCAUGGCGAUUUGCUGAAUAACUUGGCACCAAAACAUCGAUCAGUUUUAGACAUUGCAUUUUAUGUUUGCUUAAUAACUGUAAUUUCUAUCGGGCCUAAUGCCUAUGCCUCUCCAUACAAGGCAUUGAACUUCUAUAGAUGUUUUUUUUAACAAGAAAAUGUGCUUUGUUUGCU